GAACCGUUUUUGAACAGAUUGGUAGAAAUCAGCUUCAAAAACCACCUAAUUUAAAACAUUUCAUUUUUAUCACUCAUCAACCCUUCAAGAAAUUGGAGGAAGCAGUAUCUAGAACUUUCAGGUGUCACGGGAUCGAGUGUCAUUUUCUUCCUGAAGUAGGACCUGAUCAAAUCUUGGAAUUUGACUAUAAGCUCAAUGGGCCAAUGUAAUGAGCAAAUCUAACCACAAGACGUGUCCACAUUCAUAAAUGUGUGUGUUUUCCCAAAGGUUCAAGAUUGACUUUACUUGUGCCAUUCUUUUGAUCGACAUGUCAAAAGGCUUUCUUACGUCAUUUAUUGACAAGAGGUGCGACUUCACCUGCCUCUCCCAGCUUUCCAAAGAUUCGUGUCAGAAAGAUUUGAAUCCAUAGUACUGGACUUACUUGAAAAGUAGCUUGAGUAUCCAGGGCUGUGAAAGGCGCGAUUUAAGACGUGUACUCGUUGAUGAUAUAUCUUUGUCUCUCUGUCUUGGUAGAAAUACAUCGAUGAGCACAGAGAGACCAUAUCAAAGAAAGCACAUGCCUAAUCUUGAGCCAACUGACAAGGGGCGAAUAUAUCAUGAUGUUGGAGUGGGAUGUGUUUUUGCAAAUCGGGCUCUAAGCAUACUUGAGGGAUUUGGGAGUAACAUCAAUAUUCCAUUUCAAACCUAGAAAGGUGUAAACGUUGAGUUUUUUAAUCAUUCUCAAUGCAUAAACUAUUUCUGG